UGCACGCGGACGAAUCAGCACGAGUGGUUCUCAAGCGAGUGCGUUCUUUUACUAAAACGGAGUGAAAUUAACAUCCGGACCCGGACUGAAAGUAGUCCCUGUCUCCAGCUUUGAGCUCCUCGUUCUAUAAAUCCAUCGCUGUAAGCUUUUACGCUCCUAUUUUUUCGAUUAGAUAAAAAAGAAGCUGUCGCCGGAGCUCAGAGGAUUGGCGUGUGGGAUUUGGGUAGCUAUCAAUGAUUCAAUUUAUCAAUAUCUUCUCUUUUGCUUGAUCUGGAAAGCUAAAGCUUCUUCCUUUAGCAGCAUGAAUCCGUGUAAUCGAUCUCAUCGCCGCUCUCUUUCUACUUCUGCGCGGCUUUCUGGUUGCUGCCGAUCCAAACUGCUUAGCUUCAUCCUGUUUUUGAACCUUUACUCUUGAAUAAAAAACAAGUCUUUUCGGUGUUCUGGUUGAGAUUUUAUAUGCUCGGUUUGAUUCGAUUCUUCGCGGAAGUUUCCCAAACUUAUCAGUCUCCAUUCCUUUUCAAAGUUCUGUCAAAACCCUAGCUUUCUUCUAGAAAAAGGAUUGCGAGAACCCUCUUUCUCUUCUAUAAAGAAAACGCUUUGUUGUUGAGUCUUCGACUACUGUCCAACUGUGUAAAGGGGGGAAACGUUUGGGUUUAAAAUGGCGUCAAGAUCUUACUCGGACCUCCUGGAGCUCGCUUCUGGGGAGCCAUCUUCCUUAGGGCAACUCAGGCGCCUGAUUCCCCGCGUCGUCACUGCUUCCGGCAUUGUACCGGAUAUAGACUCCUCUUCCUCCUCCGACACGGAUGAUAUAGACGGCGGAUCAUCUUCUUCCGGUCCUAAUGGCCGCACCAUCAUUGUCGCCAACCAGCUCCCAAUCCGCGCCCAACGAAACCAGGGUGGCGGCCGCGGAUGGACCUUCUCUUGGGAUGAAGAUUCCCUUCUUCUUCAGCUCAGGGAUGCGAUUGGUGACAGGGCAGGAGGUAUGGAGUUCAUCUAUGUAGGUUGCCUCAGCUAUGAAAUCCCUCUCUCCGAGCAAGAUGAAGUGUCGCAGGUCUUAUUAGAGAAGUUCAACUGCGUACCAACCUUCCUCCCACCUGAUCUCUUAUCUAAAUACUACCAUGGCUUCUGCAAGCAGCAUCUAUGGCCUCUGUUCCAUUACAUGCUUCCGCUAUCCGCAGAGCUUGGUGGUCGAUUCAAUAGAUCUCUGUGGCAGGCAUAUGUAUCUGCAAACAAGGUGUUUGCUGAUAAGAUUUUGGAAGUUAUCAGCCCAGAUGAUGAUUUUGUUUGGGUUCAUGACUACCAUCUCAUGAUUCUCCCCACCUUUCUCAGGAAGAGGUUUAACAGAGUAAAGCUCGGAUUUUUCCUCCAUAGCCCAUUCCCUUCUUCAGAGAUUUACAGGACUCUACCUGUCCGUGAAGAGAUUCUCCGAGCUCUACUCAACUCGGACUUAAUUGGAUUCCACACUUUUGAUUAUGCCCGCCAUUUCUUAUCUUGUUGCAGCCGGAUGCUCGGGCUUACAUAUGAAUCAAAAAGGGGGUAUAUUUGUUUGGAGUACUAUGGUAGAACUGUGAGUAUUAAAAUUCUCUCAGUUGGGAUUCAUAUGGGGCAGCUGAAAUCAGUUCUGAGUUUGCCAGGUACUGAGACGAAGGUUUUAGAACUUAUCAAGCAGUUCUCCAGCCAGGGUAGAACAUUGUUGCUUGGAGUUGAUGACAUGGAUAUAUUCAAAGGAAUCAGCUUGAAGCUUUUAGCUUUUGAGCAACUUCUGCUGCAACACCCUGGAUGUCAAGGUAAAGUUGUGCUGGUUCAGAUCGCAAAUCCAGCAAGAGGGAAGGGGAAGGAUGUGGUGGAGGUGCAGGAAGAAAGCCAUGCAAUGGUGAAACGGAUUAACGAAACCUUUGGCCGACCGGGGUAUGAUCCCGUAAUCAUGAUCGAUAAGCCGUUGCAGUUCUACGAGCGGGUGGCAUAUUAUGUGGUGGCAGACUGUUGUUUGGUGACUGCAGUGAGGGAUGGAAUGAAUCUCAUACCUUAUGAAUACAUCGUCUCGCGACAAGGGAACGAGAGAUUGGAUCAAGCACUGGGUCAUAGUCCUUCAAAGCCUAGAAAGAGCAUGUUGGUGGUAUCAGAGUUCAUUGGAUGCUCCCCGUCUCUGAGCGGGGCUAUUCGGGUGAAUCCAUGGAACAUCGACGCUGUAGCAGACGCCAUGGAUUCCGCAUUGGAAAUGCCGGAAGCAGAAAAACAGUUGAGGCAUGAAAAACACUAUAGAUAUGUGAGCACUCAUGAUGUCGGCUAUUGGGCUAACAGUUUUCUUCAAGAUUUGGAGAGAACUUGCAGGGAUCAUAUAAGGAGGAGAUGCUGGGGGAUCGGUUUCGGUCUAGGGUUCCGAGUUGUCGCUCUCGAUCCGAAUUUCAGGAAGCUGUCAAUGGAGCAUAUUGUAUCCGCUUACCGAAGAACGUGCACUAGAGCAAUUCUGUUGGAUUAUGAUGGCACUCUCGUUCCUCAAGCUUCGAUCGAUAAGAGCCCUAGCCAGCGAACAAUCGAGAUGCUUAACAUUCUGUGCCGUGAUAAGAACAAUGUCGUCUUCCUCGUUAGCGCUCGUAGCCGUCGCACGCUCAGCGACUGGUUUUCACCCUGUGAAAAUCUGGGCAUUGCCGCCGAGCAUGGCUAUUUUCUAAGGCUAAAGAGAGAUGAUGAAUGGAAGACAUGCGUUCCAGUGGCUCACUGUAGCUGGAAGGCAAUUGCAGAGCCUGUAAUGAGUCUGUACACUGAAACCACUGAUGGAUCCACCAUUGAAGACAAGGAGACCUCCAUGGUUUGGUGCUAUGAGGAUGCAGACCCUGAUUUUGGAUCUUGCCAAGCUAAGGAGCUUCUCGAUCAUCUUGAAAGCGUGCUCACUAACGAGCCUGUAUCAGUGAAGGCUGGUCAGAACAAUGUAGAAGUCAAGCCUCAGGGAGUAAGCAAAGGUCUUGUGGCGGAGCGGCUGCUUUCAACCAUGAGAGAGAGAGAAUUGUUACCAGACUUUGUGCUUUGCAUAGGAGAUGACAGAUCCGACGAAGAUAUGUUCGAAGUGAUAACCGGAGCCGUCGACGGCCCUUCGUUGUCGCCCUCAGCAGAGGUUUUUGCGUGCACGGUGGGGCGAAAGCCGAGCAAGGCGAAGUACUAUUUGGAUGAUGCAGCUGAGAUUGUUAGGUUGAUGGAGGGCUUGGCUUCAGUCUCUGAACAAUCCUUGGAGACAUUUGUGUCUGCACAGUAGAAGAACUAGUUCAGAAAAAUGGGAUAAAUCUUCGCUAAUCCCUUGUGCGUUCUACGUAAUGUUUUUCAUUUUAUAAUUUUUGUCAUGAUGGAAAAAUUGUUUUUUUUUUUUUUUUGAAUCUGUUAAACUUGUGAAUAUGUUUCAUUGAGAACACUUUUCAUUAGUGGUAAAAUUUUUGUGUUCUAGAACUCUUAGCAGAUGCGGCACUGUUAAUGAAUGUAUCACUGUAUCUGGCUAAGACUUAGCCAAACUUCAG